GGCUGGCUCGUCUUGUUAGAAGAAUCUAUGGUAUGAAGCGAUUAGCUCUCAAUGUAGCAUUAGGACAAAUUCUGUCCUUGUGCUUGACAUUAACCAACACAUCCACCUCAUUACUGUGGUUAUACUACAAUGUCAAUGUACCGCCAUUACAAAAUCUGCUGAACUAUGUUAUGCUCUUCUCUGUUUAUACCACUGUCCAUAUCCAUAAACAUGGCCGAGACGCAUGGAAGCUCAUGAUACGAGAAAGAGCUUGGAAAUAUAUUCUAUUUGCCAUGGCCGAUCUUCAAGGCAAUCUAUUUGUGCUUUACGCUUUUAGAAAUACCUCCAUCUUAUCUGCCAUCGUCCUGCUUUCAUGGACCGUUCCAUGCGUUGUUAUAUUAUCGGUGUUAUUUACAAACACCCGCUACUCUGCUAUGCAAUACGCUGGUGUCUCCAUCUGCAUGACUGGCCUCGCUGUGCUAAUAUAUGGCGAUUACGUUAACAAUAGACUUGAAACAGAUAAUCAUAGUUGGAUUGGCGAUUUAUCCUGCCUACUUGGAGCUACACUAUAUGCUAUUGCCAACCUCCUUGAGGAGCACCUUGUACUAGAAAGUCCUAUAGAGGAGGUGUUGGGUCAGUUGGGCAUGUGGGGCACGCUCAUGUGUGGUCUUGAAGUUGUACUAUGGGAACGAAAGGCGGUGGCGCUGAUUCCUUGGUCUUGGAAUAUAGUUGGGCUUAUGCUCUGCUACAAUUUUGCACUCUUUACUAUGAGCAGUCUAGUUCCCAUUUUGCUACAGAUCUCGUCCGCGACCUUUUUAAAUCUCAGCCUACUAACCAGCAACUUCUUUUCGCUUGUCGUUGGUCUGGCGUUGUUUAAUAUUUCCAUAAUACCUGAAUACCCUAUUUCCUUUACAUUGGCUAUUAUAGGUAUCACGACCUUCAAUUUACAUUCGACUAAUCCAGUCAUCCAUCUAGAUCAUCAUCGAUUAUACCACUCUAUUACUCAUGAUAACUGAUCGCUCCUCCAUUAUUUGCAUUAAACAAUUUUACGAUAUGGCACAAAUUAGAUGUAUAUAUACAUGUUUGUUAAAUUAAAUUUAGGUGGCUAUGAAAGCCGCCGCUGUCUUUAGCUGCAUGUCGUCAUGAAUCUUGGUGGGAAACCUUGCGUCAUCCUCUUCGUACACUGCCAAGCAUUAAUGUUAGCAGCUAUGAAUGCAUUGCAGCCGUCCUAAGUCAACGUAGAUACUUACCACUCAUAUUGGAAGCCGGAUGGCUAUUUGGCG